CAUGUCGUACUCGGUGUUGAAGCAGGUGGUGACAAUGGCGUCCAUCUCCGGUGGGAUUCCAAAUCCAAUCGUAAGGACGUCAUGGUUAUGGUCACGGAAGUUGUUGCCUUCACGUUCUUCAAUACGUGUUAGCAUCAACAGUUUCGUAGAUCCGGUAACAUUAACAUGUACCGGUUCUCUUGUUAAAACGCCUCGUUUCUCCGGCUUCUCUGCUAUUCGUACGUUUAAGGCGAAGGCAAAGGGGAGGGAAGAAGGCGAACCGUUCCCACGGCAAUCGCAGGAGAAGCAACCCGGGAAAGAACAUGUCAUGGAUCCCAUCCCGCAAUUCAUCAACCAUCAUUACAACCCCUCCGCCAAACUCCAUGGAAAGGUGGCUUUGGUGACAGGAGGAGACUCAGGCAUUGGAAGGGCCGUUUGCUACUGUUUUGCGAAGGAGGGUGCAACUGUAGCCUUCACUUAUGUGAAGGGUUAUGAGGAAAAAGAUGCAGAGGAUACAUUGGAGAUCAUAAAUAAGUCAAAAAUGAGCGAUUCAAGCAAUCCAAUUGCAAUACCUGUUGAUCUCGGGUACGAAAAGAAUUGUAAGAAUGUUGUUGAUGAGGUCAUUGGAACAUACGGGCGCAUCGAUGUCCUGGUGAACAAUGCAGCUGAGCAGCACGCGACGAACUCAUUAGAGGAUAUCACGGAUGAGAGGCUUGAAAGGGUGUUUAGAACCAACAUUUUCUCUCAUUUCUUCUUGACAAGGCAUGCUGUGAAACACAUGAAAGAAGGAAGCAGCAUCAUAAACUCGACAUCGGUGUUGGCAUACACAGGUAGCCCAAAGUGGCUCGACUAUAGUUCAACGAAGGGAGCCAUCGUGUCCUUCACAAGGGGUCUGGCACUAAUGCUCGUUGACAAGGGGAUUCGAGUCAAUGGUGUGGCCCCUGGCCCUGUGUGGACUCCGCUGCAACCUGCAUCCAGGGACGAGCAGGAUACACCAACAUUUGGGUCACAGGUGCCUAUGGGUAGAGCAGGUCAACCUUUUGAGAUUGCCCCAUCUUAUGUGUUCCUAGCAUCAGAGGACUCUUCCUAUGUUACGGGCCAAGUUCUCCAUCCUAAUGGUGGGACGAUCGUCAAUGCUUAGUCCUUGCACAUUUCAAAAAUAAGUAUGGUGAAGCAUGCAUAAAGUUUUGUAUAAAUAAAUUGCAGUCGUAGGUAAGUAACUUAUUUAGCGAUAGUUGUCGUCGGGGUUGUUGAAAUAAGCUAUCCUUACAUCACAUAUAAAUGGGCGGAUGCAUCAAGGCUAUAUAGUUGCCACUAGAGGUGGUCAUAAACCAGUCCCAGUGCCGGUUGAAAAACCAUAGCCCAGUCUAGGUUACCCGCGACCGGUCCUUGGCCGGGCCUAAAAUCGGUCCUUGUUUUUUUUUUUUAAAUUUGAUUUUUAAAAUAUUAAAAAUAUC